CAUUGCCGUUCCAUGCAUCUAAUAUGACAUAGCUUUUGGGUUUAAUGCGUUUACCUGUGAUUCAUCAUAGGGAUAUGGUCUAACUGAGAGUACGGGAGCAGGUACAGGGAUGAUAAGACCUGAGGAAACAGAUCGAUAUGGAUCUGCUGGUCGCCUUGCAGAUAAUUUGGAAGCUAAGAUAGUCGAUCCUGAUAGUGGAGAGGCCUUACCUCCCGGGAAGCAUGGAGAGCUUUGGAUACGCGGGCCAACAAUCAUGAAAGGUUAUGUUGGAGAUAAACAAGAAACAUCAGCAACUCUUAAGUCAGACGGUUGGCUAAAAACUGGUGAUCUCUGCUAUUUUGACUCGGAUGGGUUCCUGUUUAUUGUUGAUAGGCUAAAAGAACUGAUAAAGUACAAGGCAUAUCAGGUACCCCCUGCUGAACUGGAACAGUUGCUUCAAUCAAUUCCUGAAAUUGCUGAUGCAGCAGUUAUUCCAUAUCCGGAUGAAGAAGCAGGGCAGAUUCCAAUGGCUUAUGUUGUCAGAAAACCUGGGAGCACUAUUAGUGAGUCACAAAUUGUGGAUUCAAUUGCAAAACAGGUUGCACCAUACAAAAAGAUACGUCGCGUUGCAUUCAUUAACUCAAUACCAAGAUCUCCAGCAGGAAAGAUCUUGAGAAGAGAACUCAUUGAUCAGGCCAUUUCUGGUGCUUCAGCUAGAUUAUAACAGAAACAUGGAAACUUAUGGAGAAAUAUGUGUAAUUAAUCCAAACCCAAAUGGUAGACUGGUACACAUGUUAUAUGUUCCUUCAAUUCUUCUAUCUCACCUUACAACUUCAAUAGAUUUUCACUUCGAACUUCAUGGUUUCAUGAUUUUUUGUUGAUAUAAACCUCUGGAUUGAUCCAAGUUGGAAGAGAUAAAUUGAACUGUUUUGCUGUUAAAA